AUGACAACGCCAACUAACGGUACAGAAUCGCCGGAAUCGGCAGAAGAGCGGGCAGCGCCAGUAACAACACAACCUACAACUGAUCCAGGUCCAGAAAAACCCAAAUUAUCAAAAUGGAAGCAACGCAGGAAGCUGAGGCCAGCCGCCAAAAAAACACCCUCAGUUACUGAAUCAGACAGCGGCUUUUUUAGCAUGGCUCAUAGGUUCUCGAUAGAUGAUGAUGACGAUGAACCUGAUGAUAAAAAGACUGCAGUGGAAGAGUCAGAAAUCAAACCAGAAGCAACCGCAAGUAUGAAUAAGAAGGUUGACAAAAGUUUGAUAUCUAAAUCUAUUGGAUCUGUUGAAAGCGAACUGUCCAAGUUAGCGGGUCAAAGCGAUAUUUCAGCCCAGCCAACGAUGUUGUCAGAUUCGCGCUCGAUACUUGUUAAUGGUAAUAAAACUGCCAGGGAACCUGGAUUUGAGCCUCAGUCAAUGGUGUCAUUUGAUACCAAGCCGAUAUCUAAAAGCAGACCAGCUACUCGGGCUGCUACUACGCAAGCUAAGAAGGCAGCUGAUACUGUUAUUAUUCUGGAUGACUCGGACAAUACGUCGAGUGACAUUGAAAUCGUAGAGGAUUCCACUCCGCCCGACGUAUCAGGAGCCAAAAGAUCAGUAGUGGACCCUACAGACGAUCCCUUCAAUACAAUUCAACAAUUAAAAUUGAGAGCGUUGAAGCGAAAGAAAGUUGAAAAUGUGUUCGAGGUAUCUGUAAACAUAUCAAGCGACAUGCCAGAACUGGGCAAUUGCAGGUCAACUGUAAUGACCAUGAAGAGCAACGAGCCAUUUGGUGUGCUGAAAAUAUUGUAUACUAAACAUUGCGUAGAAAAUCGACUGAACUAUUUUGAACCAAAGGCUAUUGAAUUGUUGAUAGAAACUGCCGUGCUUGUUUGGAAUGACACUGUACUAAAUGAAGAUGUUGUGACACCCAGUUCUCUAGGAAUUACGAAUGCCAACUCUGUGAUGAGUAUUAAUAUUAUGUCUCGAUUUGACUAUGACAAUAAACAAAAGAGUAGUGUUGAAAGACUGCUAAGUGAAGAAAAUUACACUUUGCAAGCAAUUUUGGCAAGUACUUCAACACAAACGGAUACGAGAGAAUUGCAAAAACCUGAUAAUUUGGGUCCUGCUUAUUUCAGAGUCAGACUCAAAGAUAAGGAUAACGCUCAGUUUGAAGUUAGAGUCAAUAGCGAAACCAAGAUCUCGAAGCUUGUGGACUUUUAUCUCCGUAAUAAAAACUUACCACAGAAUACCAAGAUUCGACUUGAUUUUGACGAGGAACCUUUAGACCUGGACGGUGUUGUGGGUGAUACUGAACUAGAAGAGGACUAUACCAUCCAUGUUUAUAUACUUUAA